UAAACUUAUUAAAUAGAUAGUUUGUCAUGCGAAUUUUAGUGUUCGGGGGACGUGGAGCCCUUGGUUCUAAAUUGCUUUCUUACUGCAAGCAAAAGGAAGAGUGGAUUAUCGCUGCUGGCUUCCAGUCAUCCAGCGAUGCAAAUGAAAAUGUUGUUCUGACAAACCGUGACAAUUUUAUUGCGCAAUCUGCAGAGUGUGAAUCACAGCUUGUAGGCUUGCAAAAAAAGCUAAAUUUGGAACCUAAUUUCCUGGACGCAGUAGUAUGUGUGGCGGGUGGUUGGAGAGGAGGUAAUGCGGCAUCUGAUUCAUUCAUUCAGGGCUGUGAUGAUGUCAUCAAACAGAGCAUAUGGUCUUCAGUAGUGGCAGCUCAGGUUGCUUCCAAGCAUUUGAAAGCAGGCGGGCUUCUGGUGCUAAGUGGAGCAGCGGCAGCUUCAAAUCCCACUCCAUACAUGAUGGGCUAUGGAAUGGCGAAGGCAGCAGUGCACCAACUGACCAAAAGUCUGGCAGCCCCCAAAUCAGGACUACCCGAAAACUCUUCUGUAGCAUGUCUUUUGAUUAAUACGCUGGACACUGAGCAAAACAGAAAAGCAAUGCCCAAAGCCGAUUUCUCGAAAUGGACUAGUUCGGAGUUUAUUGCGACUUUGAUUCACAAAUGGACAAUUGAUGCAAGUUCUAGAGAGCCUUCGGGUUCUUUAGUUGAGUUAAAAACUGAAAAUAGUAAAACCACGAUGAACAUUGUUUGAAUGAAAUUUUUUAGUACUCCGUAUUGAAGUGUCUUUUUUACCACAUUUGCUUGAAUAUCUAUUUUACUCUAAUUGAAUCAUUAGAUGUUUGGUAUUUCUGCGUUGUUUUUGCUUUAGCUACAUAGGAUAUUGCAGCAAAGCUUUUAGCUUUGAACUCUUUCUGUUCAAAACGCCAAUUCAGUAGUGAAUUAACCUUGCCAUAAGCAAGGGUAUUGCAAUCGGGUACUCUUCUUUUUUCCAGUAAAUAAUUUUGUCCACAAGGCUCAUCGAGGAACCCCUGGUGGUCAUG